AUGAAGGAUUUUUAUAAUAACAGUGAUAGUAAUAGUAAUGAUAAUACUACUGGUGAAAGAAGUGGUGCUGUCCCAGGUGAAUGCAAAUCGUACAAUGUUUUAAAUGAGCCGGGCAGAUAUUGGAGCAGUACUGGACAUCCUCUUUCAUGCGAUAAGAACCUUACCAGUGGCGGCUGGUACCGCUUCCAGGGUCCUGCUGGAAAAAUGAUGGCUACUCAUUGUAUUCCAAGACAAAGUUGCAACAGCCGCAUGGUCGGCUGGAUCGGUGGUGGCGAUCACCCCACCAUAGCUUACCAGAAGGUCACGAGAACAGUAUAUAUGCAUCACAAGUCAAGUUGUCAGUUCUUGUCUUACCCUGGGACGGAUAUACGUAACUGUAGUGGAUUCUACGUUUACAAACUGAAAUCAACCACCACAUGUUUCCAACGGUAUUGUGGUGUUAAUGAUGAGAACGAUGCAUGUUCUACCAAUCCUGGCUCAACUGCAUGUAUCUGUCCAUCUGGUUAUUCAGGCACUCCUUGUCGAGAUAACGAUGAAUGUACCACAGGAAGCCAUAAUUGUCACUCACAAGCCACAUGUACCAAUACUCCUGGAGCCUUUACAUGCUCUUGUACAGUUGGUUUUACUGGCAACGGUGUAUCUUGUAGCGAUAUCGAUGAAUGCACUGAUGGAGCCCAUGACUGUCACCAAGAUGCCGAUUGUGAAAACACAGAGGGUGAAUUUACUUGUAGUUGCAAACAAGGCUUCACAGGAGAUGGACGUCUAUGCACAG